AUGUAUAAAAACACGGAUGUAAUCUAUACGUGUUUGUUUUUGGUUACUCUGGGCCUUUCACGGACUUGUAACAGCAAGAAAGUUGUGAUCAUCGGCGCAGGAGUAAGUGGAUUAUCUGCUGCUCGGGUUUUAUUUGAAAAUGGCCAGUCUGAUGUAACUAUUCUCGAGGCAACUGACCGCAUUGGAGGCCGAAUAUUUACAACAGAGUUCAAAGGUCAUAUGUAUGAACGUGGAGCUCAGUGGAUUCAUGGCGCCGAGGGAAAUCCUGUUUAUGAGUACCUAUCUGAAGAUACAAAUCUCGAAAUAGAGAGUUGGCCUCGCUACUCUCCACCAAAAGACUCCGAAUUUCAGUACUACAGUGGGAGACCGUUGACUUCAGCUACUAAAGACUUAUUCUGGAAUUCGUCAAAACUUAUCGAUUAUAUCGAGUUAGAAAUCGAGCGACUCAUUGAAUCGGUAGGAAAAAGUGAGGAGGAAGUGGCAAAUCUAUUACUAGGAAACCUGGCAAGAAAAAUGUGGAGAAAAAUAUUUUCAGACUCUAUAGAAAACUUGGACUAAAAGAAGAAGAGAUUAACCCCGUUCUUAAAAACAAAUUUGGAGUACUAGAGGUCACUGACGGAGACCAUCCCAAUGUUGUUAAUCACCUAGCAUGGUACCAAUAUGAGGAGUAUGGUGACAACGAUGUAAAAGUUUUGAAUGGAUACAUAAGUUUGCCAACAAAAUUGAGUAAAAAUAUUCCAAAAAGUGCAAUCAAGUUGAAUAGCAAAGUUCAAGGUAUACAGUGGAACAAGAAAAAAGGAAAUGGAGUCACGAUAACGUAUCUAAAUCAAUUUAACAAGACUGAAGUAAUUCACGCUGAUAUCGUACUCGUGACGGUUUCGAUCGG